AUGAUGGAACACUCGUUAGCAUUUCAAUCAAAUGAAAAUUUUUCUGAUAAACCAUAUAAAGCUUUACAAGCAUUACGUAGUGCUCAAAUCGGUGUUCGUUUACCAAAUAAAAUAUUUAUUCAUGCUGUUGAUCAAUUUCUUAAACAUUUACGAAAUGAAACAAAUAAAGAUUAUGCAAAUGGUAAUGAUUCUUCAAAAGAUACAAUCGAUAAUAAUGAUAAGAUUUUGAUUGAACCUUUAUCAACAACUAAAGGAACUUCUCUUGAACGAGUAGUAGAAGAUAUUUUCAUUUUUUUUCCGGGAAUAUCACGUACUGGUAAAACUCUUGAACAAAUUGAUUAUACAUAUGGACGAUAUAUAUCAAUAUCACGUAAUGGUAUUGUAUCACAUUGGUCAUUAUCAUUAAAACUUAUACGAGAAUCAAAAUUUCAAUCAAUUGAACAAAGAAAACAAACUCUUCCAUUAUGGAUAACAUGUACAUGUGUUCUACCAGAUGUGAAUUAUUUUGCUAUAGCAACAACAGAACGUGAUUUAAUUUUUUAUGAUAUAAAUGCACAUACAUAUACAGGUUCUAUUAUAAUAAAUCAUCUUUCAGCUGGUCUAACAACCAUUGAUUAUCGUAUGAAUAUAAAAAAUUCUUCUCAAUCAGCAAUUUUUUGUGGAGAUUCAUUAGGAAAUUUAUUUAUAUUUCAAGCUAAAGAUCCAUUUAGACCAAUGUUUCAUAUAUCUGAUUUAAUACAUUAUAUGAAUCAGAUUCAAGAAGAAAUUAUUCCUUUCCACGAAUUAUUAAUAAUGAAUAUUUAA